CGAGUCGCGCUGGUCGCACUCGCCAUACAGUCGCGCGCUCCCGCCACUCGCGACUGCAAACUUCGCUCGCGCUCGUCCCGACACAUGUCCCACACUGAAACUCUGAAAGCGCACGUGACUCAGCCUCCGAGCUGGCCACACACGGUACCGCUUAAAAACUCGUAAAAUCGCGGCACGCGCUUACGAGUCGUAAAAUAAUCGUAAAAAGUAAACACACGUCGACCGGCCUUUAUCGCCGACGAAGCCCAUUAUGACGCUCGAGUGACGUUUAAUAGGCAAUAAAAUUAAUAAAGUUUAAUAUUCACUCUGUCUGUAUUCGGAGUGACUGCGAGGUCGCGUUAUCACGGCGCUUGGGGCCGCAAUGACAUAAGUGUUUUCUAACUGAGUGACGUUAGUGACAGUGACUGUUCACCAUGAACUCUUACUUCGAGCAGGGCGGUUUCUACGGGGCCCACGGAGUGCACCAGGGCGGCGGUGGCGGCGACCAGUACCGCGGCUUUCCUUUGGGCUUGACUUACGCCCAGCCUCACGCUUUGCACCAGCCCAGACCGCAAGACUCGCCUUACGAUGCGUCAGUCGCGGCAGCAUGUAAGCUAUACGCUGGAGAGCAGCAGUACGCUAAAGCAGAUUGUUCGAAGGCUGGGGCAGACCAGCAGAACGGUUACGGAGGCAAGGAAGCGUGGGGAUCUGGGCUGGGGGCCUUAGUGCGACCCGCUGCAUGCACCCCAGAAGCCAGGUACAGCGAAUCGUCGAGUCCUGGACGAGCCCUUCCGUGGGGGAACCAGUGCGGCUUGCCGGGAGCAGCGGCUUCAGCACAGCCUGUCCAGCAUCAACCCAGCAACCACACAUUCUACCCCUGGAUGGCCAUUGCAGAUAGGGUGUUAUUAGGAGCCAACGGCCUCAGAAGACGAGGGAGACAGACGUACACGAGAUAUCAAACGCUAGAAUUAGAAAAGGAAUUCCACACGAAUCACUACCUCACGCGGAGGAGACGCAUAGAGAUGGCGCACGCGCUCUGUCUUACGGAGCGGCAAAUCAAAAUAUGGUUCCAGAAUCGGAGGAUGAAGCUAAAGAAGGAAAUUCAAGCGAUAAAAGAACUAAACGAGCAAGAGAAGCAGGCACAAGCACAGAAAGCAGCCGCGGCUGCGGCGGCGGCCGCGGCGGCCGCGCAGGGCCACCCCGAGCACUAAGCGCGACCGUGCGUAGCGCAGUGAUACGAUUGCAAUCCGAACUGUCCCUAUCUUUGUGUUUGUAAAUUGUUUGUAAUUAUUUUCGUUAUUUAAGUGUUGUUCGGUUGUUGUGAUUAUUUUUUAAAUCGAUUGUCACGAAUCAGACGUGUUUCUUUGUAUGAGCGAUGAAUAAACUGUUAAUGUUAGUAUAGAAACGGGUCGUAUUAUUUUGUGUUUCGGGUUUUGUUUUUGUUGAUUUAUUGAAUUAUUUACGUAUAUUUUAAUUCGCGCUAUCGUCUUAGAUGUUCGCGUUUGAAAACCAGUGCAAUUUAUAGAAAUCUCUUCCGUGUAUCAUAGUGUAGCUCUAUUGUAGUGAUAUGAUUACGAGCGACCGUAGCGCUAGCGCCCAUCGACGUCGGCGAAACGAACUAUAAUUACAUUGUACAAAUUGAUAUGCCUACCAAAGAGACUCGGUCUCGUACCCUUAAAGUUAAAGCUAAGUAAGAAGAGUCAUAAGUUAAAUAAAUUAUGUAACGGAAUAUCGGACUUGUGUGUAGACAGACUAACCGCGCCAUCUAACCUUCAAUACUCUCGCAUAAGUAUAGUGUAAACGUGGUCGUGUUCCUGCAGAUUUUAUAGUCGGUGAAGUUAAACAAAUUGCCAUAAACAUAAGUAGGUAUUAUUUUAGCGCGUAGCCGUGUACAUAGUUAGGGAUAUGGUAGCGAAAGUGAGGAGUCUGCGAUUGCGCGAGCGCCGCGGAAUGGGCAGAAAAAGACUACGGGAAGAGUGCGGGCAAACAGAGAGGCAAGGCGGGCGGGGAGAGGGGAGGCGCCGCCGGCCACCGAACAGGACUAGGUGGUCGUCGCGUAUUAUGUCGCUUCAUUACCAAUCCUUGGUAGGUCGAACACAUCCCGGCUUAAAACGCAUUGUAAUAAGUCAUGAAUAUUGUAGUACAGUGUGCACUGUAUAGAGGCCCAUACUCCGCCCGCUCCACACAAUUUGACAUCCCGAGAUCAAGAUAUCAAUGCCGAAUGUCGAAUAAAUUUUUCUGCCGGCCCACACGAACGCUUAGGCAAUCGACUGCCGAAGAUUUAUUGUCAAAAUUUCCCGUUAGUAACGCUUACCGAGCACACUCCGCGUAUCACUAUUUCACAAAUAAAAGAACCAGUCGCGAUAUCAUCGUCAACUAUAAAUUAUAUGUUCGUAUGAAAAAUACACGUUCGAUGUCCGCUUAUUUAUCGCUAAGCCUGAGUUAUGUAUGCAUAUGUUAUGUUAAUCUCGAGAUGAUUAAAUAGAUGCCUCUUUAAUUAUUAAUUAGGCUGUGUCGGCGUGUCGUGUGACGCAAUGAACAGCCAGAGGUUGACGUGUGACGGUAGCCGAGGGGCGUGUAUGGGCGGCGAAGCGACGCCGAGCUGCUAUCAGUCAGGCUAAUCUGCUAUCGGCCGUAUCGGAACAGUGGCCGUUCCACACUAGGAAUAGGUCAAGUUCCCGCGUUGUUCCCGUGAUAUAUUGUUCAGCAUCUCCCUGAAUAAAUCUUGAACGCCUGCUGAGGUACACGAGACGGCCGCUCGGCUGCCUCCGGCCUCAAAUGGAAUUGUGUUUUUAUUUAUCGUGCGAAUUGUACCUCACUAUCGAUCACUUGCAAUCGCAAUUUAUCUGCAAAACGCGGACUCGGCUCGAUGCGGACUGUAGCCGUGUAGAUAUACAGAUUCUAAACCAUAUUGUGAAGCUAACCGAUUGGCAUUUUCGAAAUGCUAUCCUUUUCGAAUAUUAUAGAGUGUCGCGUUGGCU